AUAAAGCUAAGGUACUCUGAUCUGGCACACUGCAAGUCUGCAAGGGUGUAGGCUCUCCUGAACCCUCCCUCCCUCCAUCUUAGCUUGUGUGUGCAGUUCGUGCAAGCUAAGCUUUCAGGAAAGCAUGUUUCUUCUUCUUCUCCUGAACAGUGAAGCUAAUAAGCAAAUGCACAAUGCAUGCUAUUCCUACCCUAUUCUUUCCUUUUCUGUGAUAAUGUACAAUGCUUCUUCUUCAAUCGUCUAUGAUUCUUGAAUCUUCUUCAAGGUUUUGUGAAACCCAGACAGAGUAUUUGAAUUCCUCUAGAUCUAACACCUAUUCUUGAAUAAUCCAAAAUUAUGACAGCUAAAAGAGCUAUAAAGAUUAGAUUUUUGCCCAGAAAAUCCUAGCAUACUCUUCUCUUUUCCGGAGGGACUGAUUGUUUUUAGCUAAAAGUUGAAUAAUUUACAGCCCCACCGGUACGGUUCUUGCUUGAAUGACCAUGAAAGUGACCCAGAAAGAUUCGGAGAAAUCAGUGUGGGAUCAGAUGAGAAGCGCCUCCGCCGCGCCUCUCUCUGCCGUCGCCACCUCGCAAAAUCGGGUGUUUCCCAAAUUCAUGGUCUGGCUCGUCCUCUUCGCCUCCGUCACCUACGUAAUCUACACCUUGAAGCUUCUCUCCGCCUCCGGGACCUGCAACCACGACGUUUUCGUCGUCCAACGCGACGCCCGCUUCCCUGCGCCGUCACAAAUCAACUCCACGGCGGCGGCAUUAGAGACCCGGAUUCAAGAACCCGAGAAAACGGGUCUGGAGCACGUGGUUUUCGGCAUUGGGGCGUCGGCGAAGCUGUGGGACUCCCGGAAGAAUUACAUAAAGCUUUGGUGGAAGCCGGAGGAGGGAAUGAGGGGGGUGGUGUGGCUGGACAAGCCGGUGAACACGUCGGAAAGAGAAAACUCGUCCCUCCCGGAGCUGAGAAUCUCCGGCAACACCUCCCGUUUCCCCUACAACAACAAGCAGGGCCACCGGUCCGCCAUCCGGAUUUCAAGAAUCGUGUCGGAGACCCUCCGGCUGGGGAUGGAGAACGUGCGGUGGUUCGUGAUGGGCGACGACGACACCGUUUUCAUAACCGAUAAUCUGGUCAGAGUUCUCAACAAGUACGAUCACAAUCACUUCUACUAUAUCGGGAGUUUGAGCGAGAGCCAUUUGCAGAACAUUUACUUCUCUUAUAAUAUGGCUUAUGGGGGUGGCGGCUUUGCUAUUAGCUACGCUUUAGCUAAAGCUCUGGAGAAAAUGCAGGAUAGAUGCAUUCAUAGAUACCCUGGGCUUUAUGGCUCUGAUGAUAGAAUGCAGGCUUGUAUGGCCGAACUCGGCAUUCCACUCACCAAAGAAGUCGGUUUCCACCAGUUUGAUGUAUACGGGAACUUAUUUGGGCUGCUAUCAGCACAUCCCGUGGCACCAUUGGUUUCGUUACACCAUCUUGACGUGGUAGAACCCAUCUUUCCCAAUGUUACUCGAGUCGAAGCUCUCCAACGUCUUAUGCUUCCAAUGAAGCUCGACUCAGCUGGAUUAAUUCAACAAUCGAUUUGUUAUGACAAGGCUAAGAGCUGGACAGUUUCGGUCUCCUGGGGCUUUGCGGUCCAAAUUUUUCGUGGAGUGUUAUCCCCGCGCGAAAUAGAAAUGCCCUCGAGGACUUUCUUGAAUUGGUACAGGAGAGCUGAUUAUACAGCCUAUGCUUUCAACACGAGGCCUGUCAUGAGGAACCCUUGCCAGAAGUCGUUCGUUUUCUAUUUCUCGAGUGCAGAAAUGGAUUCUUUUGCUAACGAAACAGUGAGCAAGUAUGUUCACCAUCCGCUUCCCCGUCCUUUUUGCAAAUGGAAGAUGCCAAACCCUGAAGAGCUCGAGAGAAUCGAGGUGUAUAAGAAGCCUGACCCGCAUUUAUGGGAUAGGUCUCCGAGGAGAAACUGUUGCAGGGUCUUAAAUUCAGACCAGAAAAGUAUGGUGGUGAAUGUGGGGCUAUGUAGGGAAGGCGAGGUGAGCGAAAUCUGAAGGUACGAGCCUCAGCCCCGGCCCCUUCCCCUGUUCUUGAACCGCCUUCUCCCCGCUAGUUCCCAUCGUUUCGCUAAGCUUCUCCACGGAAAUGUUCUUGGGUAUUGCGAAGCUAAUCCCUCGAGGGGUGAGAAUAUACAUAUAUAUAUAAUGUGAUGAUUAGUGAAGUUUAGCAGCAAUGUAGGAUUCUGUAUUCUUUUUGAACCCUUCCUCUCCUUCCGGAUUAUGCACAUGCUGCCAUGAAAUCUGAGAUGUAAAACAUCAUUUAUGAGAGUUUGUUGAAUCUUCUGCAAGAAACUCUCACUUAUCUCUCUGAUCUGCAUUCUUUUGGUGUCUUAAGCUCCAUAAUGGUGUGCUGGUUCUGGUAUCAGAUGUAAGGUGGUGUAUAUGUAUUAUUAUUAUUAUUAUGCUGUGCAGAAACUUUAUUUGGUUAUAUCAUAAACUUUAAUUUCUUCCUGUACUUU